AAAACCGCGACUAUAUGUGCCGUGCGCUGGGGUGCUGCUGCUGCUGCUGCUGGUGACGGGCAUGUAGCUUUAGCGCAGCACGACAAACAGUAACAGCGGCGGCAGCAGCCGCAGCAGACAAAGAGAGAACGCAGCGGCUAUACGCAGAGCGUAGAGUAUCGCUAGUGGUCAAGGCUAGUGGCUCUAUCACUUCCUAUACUAUCACCAGCAUUAUUACAAAUGAUAGCACAAUAUUCGCCUGUCGGUGUUCCUUUCUGUUAUAUAGACGCGAUGCGAUGAAUCGUGGAGCAUGGACGACUUCGGCUCGAUUCACAAGACCUCCAAGUGCGGCAGGAGAAAUGUUUGUUGGUGCUGAGUGUAUUACAGCUGCUGCUCGUUGAGACAAUACAAUUUGUGGAAACAGUGUGAGUAUCCAGGACUAUUUAGCGACGACAACCUAACAGACAUUGAUAAUCGUUUCCCCUGAAAAAAAAUUACACUGGAAAGGCCAGUGAAGACGGGCGGGGAAACUAUAUACCCACAGUGAAGAUUGAGAGAAGGGGGUGGAAAGGUGCUCCUUUUCUCACACGGCCCGACGGUUUGCUAGUUGUUCUACUCUCUAGCCGUUACUAAUGUAGACAAGACUUAGCAGUGGCCUAGCUGAUCAUAUUUAACAAGGAAAUUAAUGUUAACGUGAGAAAGAAAGAUAUUGGUCAGUGAUAAUAGUGUGAAAUUCACUAUACAAUUGAGUGGAGUCGAUAUACGACAAGUCAUCUUUCUGUGUAGGCCCCAGUCGGCAGCCACCAUAAGAAUCUGUGCUAACGAAAUAUUCGCUGCAGCUACCGCCGUCACCAUUUCGUAGUUGCUGUCGUUGCCGAGGGGUUUGUCAAAACGCCCACAGAGCCCAGAGAACGAUCGAAAAGGCUUUCCAUCUGUAUCCCUCACGUAUACGUAUUACGUGUGACGCUUAUCGAUCUGAUUAGUUACCGCAACCCUGUUUUUCUAAUCAACGGCAUUUACUCCACAAGACUCCAUUUACUAACAGAAGCACCGUAUAUUUACACCUGAUUCCUUGCGGUGAUCAUCGUCAGGAACGGUAGUCGAGGGUGAGUUCGUAUCCCGAGCUGCCAUUGCUACAAUAGCAAUAGCUCACUGACAGUAGUUGCAAUUAUAUGCAAUCUGCAUGUGUGAUUAACGUCUAUAUCGUCUGCGAUCAUAUUAAUAUCGACCUGAUCGCAUUGUGAUUAAGUGACUGGGCGCAGCAUUAGCUUUGUCUGCUGUCAAUGUUCCCACUUCAGUGUUGGUGCUCGUGAAUUUACUGCUAUUGAUAUUUUGCUGGUUGUUCUCAGUGAUGCCAUUGCCAAACCCUUCGACUUCCGGCGACAGCUCUACCAUCGAUCAGCCGCAGUUCAAUGUUCUCACCGAUAACUAACUCCCCGGCUGUCAGGCAUAUUGCAUACAUCGUUAGACGACGACAACAACAAUCACAACAACAAGGUUUAGUGUGACGAAGAGGUUGGCGUGAAGCACGGCGUAACUCUACGGUUCGUAAUUGCCAUUGUCCGCGAGUAAAGAGUAUUAGCGAAUAGACGCCGAUUCAAGCAUGAGUUGACGUAGCGACCAACUAGGGAUUUCCUACCAAACAGCUAUCCCGAGCAAGGAAUCGCCUUACGCCGUUUAACUAGUCCGUAACAAUGACGACUUCCCCAAGUUGGCUUCGCAGGGAAAUUGUCGUAUCGUAAAAUUGCACUACAAUAGAAGAGCAUACGCUGAUUGUGAUUUGGUCGUCGUAGGUGAGCAAAGCAAGUGCGAAUAGGUUUGGAAUACAGAGACUCAAAGAUCGGUUAAUCAAUCGUGUAUCACCUGAGGACAGAGUACAAAUAUGUGUAUAAAUGUUUGAUUACGAAUUGCGGUACACAGAGUGAAACAAGUCAAGCCGGUAAAGUACAUAUACCUUGAAAAAAAUACACAGCUCAAGUGGGGAGAUUGUGCUUAUUCGAAAAGAAACCAAAAGCAGACACAUCGUUUCCGCUGUCGCCGCCGUUGUUACAGUGAUUUUUUAACGUGUUUCCUUAUUUAUUUGUUUGCAAAUUCGUGGGUGUUAAGCGUAACUGCUCCCCGUGAGUAUCUUCGUGAGUACAUGGUAGUCGUUUUUUUGUGAGUGACAUCCUCCGUUGUCUAAGUGCCCUCUUUAGCAGUUUUUGGAUUUCGCGACUCACCAGCUGAACUCAUUUACCUAUCAAUCAAGCUAUCCGCGAGAAUUUUACGAACUAAGUGGCUGCGUUCCUCCCAGUGUGUGCUGCGCUGUAACCUCGGAGUAUCUCAAUGGAUCGUCGUGAUCAUUGGCAGACGAGAGCUAUUGCCCCUUAGAGGCCGGUUGCUGCUUGGGAACGACGAGGAUGAACCUACACCAAGUGUUGACGGGGGCCGUAAACCCAGGGGAUUAUUGUUAUUCCGUCGGGUCGGUUGAGGGGGUCCCAUUUACGGUGUAUGCCGCGGGUUGUAAUAUCGUCAUUUUGUCAUCGGAGCUCGAGAGGGUUCAAAUAAUUGCGGGAGUGUGCCAUGGGAACGUGCAGGUUACUUCGCUAGAUUGUUCUAAUGACGUUGGAAAAAUUGCUGCUGCCUAUGCUAAGAAGAUCUCAAUCUUUGAGCCGUCGCCUCUUCUAAACAAUAACUCGGCGCACAAACUCGAUUAUCGCUGGGUGGAGACAGCGUCCGUGGACAUCGGAUGUCCCGUCAAAGUGAUUUCAUGGAAUAUCUCAGCCACGAGAUUGCUCGUUGCCACCGAAUCCAAUCUCGAAUUGUGGAACUAUCUCCCUAAGGAUGAGACAGCUGAGGGUGUUAAAUUUACGAUGGGAGCGGAGGAUGACGAGCCUAUUUCGGAUUCAAGUCCAUGGCUCAAAUCGUGGCAGAUUGCGACUUCGUCGUCGGUGCACUUUCUCAAGUUCGCCAACGAUGGAACCAUGUUUGCCACAGCGGGUCGAAAUGAUCGCCUUGCUAAGGUUUGGUACGAGACCUGCGAUGCCAAUGGCGAUAAGAAGCCUCAACAGAAGCUCUUCAAUUUCGUUUAUCUCCCGCACCCACGAGCUGUCACGGCACUUUCGUGGCGUCACACGUCUAAGUAUAUGCCUCGUGGCUGUGUCGCUAAUAUGCUAGUCACCUCUUGUAAAGACAGUAUUUGCCGAUUAUGGUCUCAAACAUUGUUACCGGAAGAUGGACUCAUUAAUCUUAGCCAGAUCGAGGCGUUCGCUAAUCAACAGCCGAAGGUGCAGCGACAUAAGAAUAAGAUUAUGAGCAAGCUGAAACACAUCAAGUCGCUCAGCGAGCACAAGGCGAAACAUGGAGGUGGAUCAUUGCCGGUAGGAACAACCCCCGCUGGAACCAACGACACCACAGGCAUCAUUGCCAACGGAGCUCCUGUCGAAACAAUGCCCUCUUUACCGAGCUCGUUCUCUAUUAAUGACUUCCACAACUUUGCCCUGCAGGGCAGUGGAGUUGCACCUGGCGUCCACUUUCAUUUGGCAGCGUCGAUUAAUGCUGAAUCAGAUAUUCCGCUCGUACCGGCCAUGCGGUCAGAUGAGGAUCGCGCAGAUGACGCGGGCGGCCAUUUUGUUCUACAUUGGCUGAACAAUAAAGAGAUUUGUUUUAGUCGGGGUGCGGAAAAACUCCUGCAUGAUCUGUCAGUUAAAGCGUUUCAAGAAGCUAUCCGUAAACAGCAGGAAGCUGAAGAAGCGGAACGCAACAAACCAGAACCUGCUGAAGAGGCGCUGCCGGCAGACGAGGUCAUGUCUGACCGCUCGCCUACUGCGCACUCCAAAGAUGAUAAAAUCUCUCACUCUGAGUCGACGGCUUCGAAUGGCUCUAACGAGAAACACGGCCCCGCACCAAUUAACGUACCCAAGGAUGCUGAUCACUGUUUAGGUGAAGCGCUUGAGAGUAAACUUGAAGCACUACUAAAACAAUGGCACAAAACCAGUGAUCUGCUAUUCUCAGUUCAUCCAAUUGAUGGCAGCUUCCUCGUGUGGAUAGUCGACUAUCUCGAUGAAUCUCUUCCAGGAGCAUUCCGCCAGCCGCAGGUCAGUUUUAAUUCGCGAAUCUCCAACGCUAUCGCUCUUGGAGAUGCGGCGACUAUGUCGCAGAAUAUCUCGCUUUAUCUGCCGACAGCUGGUCUUGACCUUAAGACAGUCCUGCGGGGACUGGGAGCUCUCGAAAGUACACCAGGGGGCGACGCCACCAAGGAUCUUAUGUUACAAGCUAAGGAAUGGACCUGCACUCCAACAGUGUCGAUGAUCUCGAAACACUCAAACGGGUCUCUGAACCUGUGGUAUCUGACAUUCAAGGAUGAGGAAAGUUUGACACAUGUGCUAAGUGUCACGCACUCAAAUAAGCGCGUGUGUGGUCAUCGAUUCCGGAUCAACGAUAUUACAUGCCAUCCGGUCUUGCCGCUACUGCUGACAACGUCUCACCAUAACUCACCACAGACUACUCUAUCGCCAACAAGUGAAUGCGUGAGCGGCCGUAAUGGGGGAUUCUGCUCAGAACUUAUCUUGUGGAAAGUGGAGAGUGUUGGCCCGCUCAGCAAAUCGGGCGGCAUUAGCGAACUCGCACGUAUUAACAGCCUGCAUCUAUCGGCGUUUUCGAACGUCGCUUGGAUACCAACACUACUUCCUUCGUCGACAUUAGGCACCGUGUCGAAUUCGCCUUCGGCCUGUUUCGUCGCAUCUGAUGGUACCAGACUUCGCGUCUAUCAGGCGCUUAUUGAUGCACGCAGUCUUCUGGCAGAAUUGGUAAUGGCUCGCAAAAGACAACAGCAAGCAAUUGAUACAAUGAGCGUUAGCUCGGCGGCCAGCUCAUUGUCAUUACAUGACGGUCCUGGCGGACAACGAACGCAUGUUCAACAGCUAUUGGAAGGCUUCAACAUCGUAUCGUUGCAGAGUACUGCAAGACCCGGAUGCAUCAUUGAGCUAGAUGCCAUUGCAGACGCCGUCGCCGACUGGCAGCAUACGCAGUUAUUGCAUGUCUUCCAGGAAACUUUGAUCCUUGGUGUAUGCGGUGACGGUUCCAUGCAGUUUAUGCGUUUGGGAAGGAGCUUCAAGGCCUAUAUAGAAUUGCAGCACUCGGCCAUUUUCAGGGAGCCUUUUUAUCUAGUCGUUAUUGAAAAGAAGGAUCGUAAAAGUGUUAUUCAUAUGUGGAAACUAACGAUUGCUUCAACACACAACGUUAACGACUCAGCGAACCAACGUCAACAUCCAGACGGGCACAGCCUUUCGGAGAUGAUUAAAGAAGAUUUAGCAGUUACCAAUAAUAGGAAUAAUCUAAAACAGGAUCUCCCUGAUACGAAUCCAUUCGUAACGUCUAACGACACGAAAGAUUCGUGUCAUUCCUCUCGUAGUUCUACACCAGAUCGCUCGGAGCAUUCAUUGUUGCAUGCAUCCCCCCUUAAAAUCGUCACCGAAAAGCUGUGUGAACACGAACUGCCGCUGCCCGACGGCGUUGAAAUUGUUCACGCUGAACCGGCUGCAGGCCAUCUCAGCUCGAGUAAUAUCUACCCGGCCUGCCUCUCGCCUUAUCUGAUCUGUACUGCGUGUAGCGAUGGGAAGACUAGAUUCUGGAGAUGCGCUCAGGACGAAAAAAACGACGGCUCUAAAAGCUUCCAGUGGACCGAAUGGCGGAUGGUACUGAACACGACCGAGUCCGCCAUUGAUGUCGACGGCUCUCCGCUGGCGGUAUCAGCGGCCUACUCAGGCCGGGUUGCUGUGGCCUUCAAGCUGGGGUCGUCGUUCACUCGACCAACGAAAGGCAACACCGACGAACGAUACGUCAACCUUGCGGUGGCCAUUUACGAGUGCGAAAGUACCGGCGGCUCGGAGUGGGUUCUAGAAGACACGAUUCGCUUCAGAAAUGUUCAGUUACCACGAGUGUACUGCGGUAGGGGAACGGAUGACGUAGACUUAACAUCAAUCUAUGAUGCUAACCUACGAAGUCGAGUACAGAUGGACCACAUCGUACAAAAGUUAGCUGAAUCAUCAUCGAAAAGCGAUCUCAGCCGCAUGCUGUCCGUUCCUAGUUACGCGACCCUUCAGACGCUCAAGAAGUCGAUCAUUGAACAGGGAAAUCAAUGUGUUCUAGUUCAAAAAUCCUUAAUGCAGCUUGAUUGGGUGUCUUCGGAAGAUGGCUCGCACAUACUUACGGUCGCUUUGGGCCCGAAGGUGAUGCUCUAUGCGCCCGUGUCCUAUGACAUUGCGCAAUGCAAUGCAGCGCCCUCGUCGACCAACGCUUCUGCCGGAACUGGCUUCCACAGGCCAUUGCUUAAGCAACGGUCAUCGAUGGCACCCCAAAUGGAGUCGAGUCGUCUACGCUGGAUGCAAAUCCGUGGACUUGAGCUGCACACAGCUGACGGUCUUCCGGCACUUCCUAUGCAGCUGUCAUGGGUGCGGGAUGGCAUUCUUGUCGUCGGCAUGGAUAACGAAAUGCAUGUUUAUUCACAAUGGAAAUCCCAUAAGAGAGCGCUUGCCGAAGAUUACGUUGUGCACAAGAACACUGAGGAGACAUUUAGCGAUCCAACGUACACAAAACGGUGUCUUCAUGAAGACGACCUCAUGAGUCGUGUGCAAGAAACGCAACUGAGAAUGGGCAGCUCGGCCAAUCUCACACGGAACGCAUCGUUGCAGGUGGUUGCGAACGCAGCCAAGAUCGGUUUAGACAAAGCUCAAGCUACUGCAGGCGGCCAAACCGGUGGCGCUUCGAACAUAGGCGCCGGAGGACAGCUUAUUAAGGAAUUACUGCCGGAUUUCGGUCUGUUCGAGACCAGUCGCCUCGCGUGUCCUGUUUUACCGCAGUAUCAUCCCAAACAGUUGAUGGAGCUGUUGGCCUUUGGUAAGAUCAAGCGCGUGAAGGCCAUCUUGGCUCAUCUUGUUCGGUGCCUGAGGAAGGGCACCGGACAGGAGGAACGCGAGGCCUUGUCGCAGGACAGCUGGAGCAAAAGUCGAACGUACUCGUUGGCCGCGCCAUCGGGAACCACACCGCAAGCCUCACCCGGAGCAGGCGACAACGUGUUUACCGAGGAAGUUCACCUAGACUAUGUGGAAAUCACCUCGAUUCCACCGCUACCGCUUUACAAGCUCCUUGAGGCUGACACCCAGGUGCUAAGCCAAGAACAGGCCAAAGAUCAGAAAGGGAAGGCCACAUCUGGAACCAACGGCGAGCACAAACGUAAUGUCCGGCAAACCGACGACUACUCAAUGUUGUUCGACGACGCAACGGACAACUUUAAUACGCUGAACGAAGAUUCAUCCGGUCGUAUCAGGACACAUUCGGCCUCGGAGAGAACCAAUCGAAAUCCGAAUCAUUUCGACACACAACAAGCUAAUAUACUUACUCAGGUAUUAACUCACUGCAGUCUACCAGGUUUGUCAAAUCUAGACCAGGUGCAUCUACUUGCCCUGGCAGACUCUGUUGCUUCAUUCCAGUCCAACAUUACUGAACGAUUCUCGCAGAAUGUUACAGUAUCGAUAACCAAGCACGAGUCACAUCACACUGAAGUGAAUGUCGAGGCGGCCACCGAGGCAUUGGAUGACUCCGGUCUUCGUUAUUUAUUGGCCACUCGGCAUCACACAUAUUUAAUGCGGUGUCUACCGCUGUCUGAACGUGCGUCUUUACAAAAGCAGGGCUUAGCCCCGCACUCAAUCGUAUGGGCAUUCCACUCGGAGACUCAGGAUGAACUCAUCCAACUAGUGCUCAAUCAAAACAACCUUAAAUGGACUGACCUGAAGGACCUAGGUGUUGGCUGGUGGUGCAAAAACAAUGCAUCACUUAAGAGGUUGAUUGAACGUGUAGCCAAAAGCGCUUUCCAGUCCCAGCAAAAUCCUCUCGAUGCGUCCUUCUACUACAUGGCGCUGAAGAAGAAAAACAUUUUAACUGGAUUAUUCCGCUCGGUUAGCGACAAAAAAAUGACAGAGUUCUUCCAAAACAAUUUCAACGAAGAUCGUUGGCGUAGGGCGGCACUGAAAAAUGCUUACGCGUUACUCGGCAAGCAGAAAUUCAAACAUGCCGCUGCCUUUUUCCUACUGGCCAAUGAUCUUAAGUCAGCGGUGCAAGUGUGUCUGAAUAAUUUGGACGACCUCCAACUCGCAAUGAUCCUGGUACGAUUAUAUGAUGGAGGUGAGGUUGCGACGUAUCCUGAUACCCUAAAACCCACCGUCUACAAUAGCGUUUUGGGAUGCAAUGAAAAAGGCGAAGACUACCAUGCAUCGCAGGCGCAUCCUGAUCCGUUUAUACGUUCGAUGGCUUACUGGAUUUUGAAGCGUUACGAGGACGCUCUCUCGACACUACUUCAGACGGAUAUUGGUUGUUCGCACCCAGCGUACAGGGAGCCCACUGCCGGUGAGGGCAAAGAUCAGACCGGCGGUUCGGAUCCCGCUGUCUUUAAUUUCUAUCUUUACCUUCGUACGCAUCCAUUCGUAGUGCGGCGGAAUCUUGCCCGUCUCAUGAAGGACCGCCGACAGUCACGAGCCAUCAUGCUCAGCGGCUUCAACUCCGUGGCCAACGGAGCAGACAACCAGGGGGCCGAUACGAUCACCCCUCUCGAGCGACGCCUAUUCUUUACAACGGCCCACACCUAUUUCCGAGCAGGCUGUCCACCAUUAGCACUCGAGGUGCUCUCUAGAUUGCCGAACUGCCAACUCGAUUCCGAAUCCACGGACGUAUUUACGUCCAAGGAAGACGUGUCGUCGUUUCCCAUAGAAAAAGAAGAAAAAGCUGAAGAUUUUGACUGGAGUAUGCCUGUAGUCUCGCAAAAGGCGGACGCUUUCGAUUGGUCGCAGCCGGUCUCUCAGAAGGCCGAACAAUAUGGCUGGUCUCAACCGGAACCGCAAAAUGUGGACGCGUUUGACUGGAGUCAACCGGUCCUGAAUAAGGUUGGCGGAAGGGCAGAGGAUUUUGACUGGAGCCAACCCGUAUCAAAUGAACAACAGAGAAGCGGUCAAUUAAAUGGCACUUCACAUGACCGCAAAGCUUCGCAAUCCAGUGAAAAUGAAAAGUCAGUAGGAGAAGCCGCCGCGUACCGGAAAGGGUCUGAGGUGAUUGACAUUAUGGCGCAACAACUGAAAUUCAUCGCGUGCCUCAAAAUUAUGAUGGAAGAGUUGUCAACUCUUGCGACGGGACUCGAGGUGGACGGAGGCCUGCUACGAUUCCAGCUGUAUGUGUGGCUUGAGAAAUGUGUGGCCGCUCUGCGGCAGCUCUGCCAUUAUGGUGCCAACGAGGGGUCCGAUCAGCUCGUAGGAAGAGUUGAGGCAUCCGAAGCCGGCGAGGCAUUACCCGAGGCCGUCAAGUUGCGCGAUGUCCUUCUUCAGGAUAAGAAAGAUUUUGAGGAUAAAAUCGAUCGGGCUGCACGUCGUAAACAUUGGUUAAAGGCAAAUGAAGCCCUUCUACGAACAUUACUGAGUUACUCGGCGCUUCAUGGCGCACACGGCGGAGGUCUUGCAGCUGUUCGCAUGGAACUCAAUCUUCUUCUGCAAGAACUACAGCAGACUCGUACCCCUCAGGCGCUAUUAGCGUCACCUCUGCCCGUACCGACUAGCCUGCCAUUAUUAGCAGCUAGUGUUGCUUCAAAUAAAACGGUUGUGGCCGACCCAGUUCGACACGUGCAAUCAUUGGCUCACGACAUCUUACUGACGAUUACACAAGACUUGUCGCUUCAACUGCCACAGCGCGGCGAGCUAACGAAAGUGAUGGUCCUACGUGAUCUAUGUCUUUCACUAUCUGCCUGCAUCUAUCAGGCGUUGUGUGACAGCGACAAGUUGCCAACUCGUCGAGGGCCAAGAUCCACCGUUGAUGAAGACGGUGGGCCCCAGGCAGCAGUCCUUGGAGGAGCAUUGCAUGGAAGCCUAAGCCUGUUGGCGCCACAGACUCGCGAGCGUCUCAGCUCGGCAUCGGCCAGCGACCUUUUACCAACGUCGGCUCCGUCAAAAUGGCCAGGAGUGCCGAGUUUGCGCGCUCUGAUGGCUCGCGAUCGGGACGACGACGCCCCGAAACUGCACACGCUGUUAUGCGAGGCCUUCGUCGCUGUGUAUCUGUCGCUAACAGUACACGCACUUGCAACGAGGGACAGUCAGGUGCUGUUUCGUUUGGUAAGCCACAAGAUGACAGAAGAAAUGUGGGCAGCUCUCUUUGGUGGAGGAGCGGAAAAAGUGCUUAAAGUUCAUCUGGCGGGUGUGGUAACCGCCGCCAUGAGCUCUGUCGCGUUUCAGAAUAAGGCCUCGACGCAUGGCGCAGUUAACGCACAAAAUAUGAGUGCCACCGGUGACAGCGGCCAAGAUAGUAGCAUCCUUGAUGCUAUAAACCGCCAACGACUAAAAUGGAACAUGAAAAUCCUCCCGCAAUUCGCGGCAGAAAAGGCGCCAACAUCACCUUCUACUGCCGACCGUAACGAAGCCCGACCAGCGUACAAAGAAGUUUUUGUUGCACCCACACAAUCAAUCGCUGCUCGUCUUCUUUCCAAGCCGCACCUUGAGGAGAACUUACAGCCGGUCGACUAUGACUCAUCGGAGAAUAUCGAAGAAGAUGAGAUCGAAGACGAUUGGAAAGAGGAUGUCUUUGACGAUAAGUCCGCUGACAGCAAAUCCCAACAGGGUCGAGAUAACAAGGCGAACAAACCCGCUCAGGGAGAAUCGGUCGAAGAACAGUUUAGCUGGGGCAUUCUAAGCCUGUCAGUUCUGAAGUUGGUGCUGCGUAAUGUUGUACGUUUUCUGGAGACGGCAGGCGUCGACUUUAAUGAUCUUCCCGUCGCCAGCCCACUCUCGCAUGCCGCACUAAAAGCACUACAGCACUGGUAUAAUAUCCAACGUGACCAACUUGACAAGGGCCCCAAGGCAGCUGAUCUUCUGCCGAAUAUGGUUGUCGACAAUUUUGUUCAUUCAGGCCCGGCGAUUCAUAAGUACAAGGUUCUACUCGAACUUGACAAUACGCCAUUCCAGCAUGGCACCAAUGCAGCUGCGCUUCGGGGAGUCCGACGUCUGUGGAAUUACCUCGUGCGACAGGACGAUUGUCAGGAGUACUUUAUCAAGUACAUCUUUUCCCCACCGAAGAGGCUGCCCCUCAUGCUGGCGGAUAGCGGAGUGGAGGACGAAGACGAAAACACGGCAAUCCGUCCAAUACGGGUGAUACACAAGGAUCAGGAAAGUAUCUCGGCCUUCUGCGUGAAUCGUGGUAGCGCAAGCACAUCAGUUAUCACUGUCGCUACACCUAAAGACAUGCAGGAGCUCGACAUAUCAGGACUUCUCGAUGAUGUUGGAUGGCUAGACAAUGAAGCCGAAUUCGAUAUUCUAAACAGGAGUCAUGAUGCGACAGGUGCAGGCGGAAGCGAGUAUUUGGUCAUCGAGCAUCCUAUCGACCGACAGCUGUUGGGUCCAGCUGCUAAUACCGUCGGCUCGCACGUCACCACACCUCUCGCCCCUUUGCCAUCAAACUCGAUUAUCAGCUCGGUUCACUCGCACGGAAAAAGCAAUAUUAACUUGAAGAACCUGCAUUUCGCGGGGAGCCAACACCCGCAGUUCUGCGAGUUUGUGCUCUCCCGAAGCAGACUCAUGGUGAAAACGAAAGUCGCCGCCCCCAACGGAAGGCCUUCUGUUGAGCUGAAAAAGCACAAGGUAGAUUCAGUACGGCGUCUGGCAUCUCAUCCCUCGGCAAAUCUAUACCUUUCUGGCGGCCAAGAUGGCGCCGUCCAGCUGUGGGAGUGGGGUCAUAGCUCGGCCGUUUGCGCACUGCGUCUUCCUGGGACUCGGGCAAAGGUGACUUCCGUGAGCUUUAACCCGCAAGGAAACAAGCUUGGUGUUACCGAUGGUGACGGCUUCAUCUCAUUGUGGCAAGUCGGAGUUGCCCGAAAUGAUCAGAAUCCAUUCUUCACGACGCAGUGUCACAGCAAACAGGCGUCGGAGUUCGCGUUUGCGGGCAGUUCAUCCUUGCUGGCCACGGGCGGUCAGUCCUCUGAUGGCAAAAAUGUCUGUCUGUGGGAUACACUUCUUCCCCAACGAAAGGCGAUGAUCGGCUCGUUCCAUUGUCACGAACAUGGCUGUUCCGCAUUGCUCUAUGCACCGCACAGCGGACUGCUCAUCUCGGCCGGCAAGAAAGGAGAUAUUGCGAUCAUAGACGUACGCCAGCGCGUCUUGCAGCACAAAUUCCAGGCCCAUGACUCGGCCGUCAAGUGUCUUUCCCUUGAUCCCAAUGAGGAGUUCUUUGUGUCCGGUUCCGCUGAUGGAGAUAUCAAGAUAUGGAGUCUUCCGGCAUACGCAAUGCAGUACUCGUUCAAGGGUGAGCACUCAAAAAAUAGCCUGUUUCGAAGUAUGGCGUCAGGUGUGACACAUCUAUACGUGGAUGAACAGAUACGUCUGUUCUCGUGCGGCGCCGAUGGUUCAUUGAAGCUUCGACAGCUUCCGAAAAAGGACUCCAAUGUGGUCCAGUUAGCGCCAUACUGAUGAUACGAAUGAAUAAUAAGAAUUAUAUAAGUAACUUUGAGUGUUCUACGUACGGCCUAGCAGGUGCAGCCAGAGUGAGACUGAGGAAUGGGCAGACAUACCUAUUAUAUACAGCUGCUGAUUUAACCAACAACCCACCAUUAACAUCCGUCACCGUUCUAAUAGUAGUAGGCGUACACCAUAAACAUAUAAUACAUAUAUUAAUCAAUUAUAGUAUUAUUAUUACUAACAGUUAUAGCAUGUUUGCCGAUAAUAAAUGGCUAGCUCCGUUUGCCAGCGUCUGCAGGCAGACAGUUCGAAUGUCGGCCUAGUAAUACAAUGAGUGAUAUAUAAUAUUUUAAAAUAAAAGGCAGAUAAUUUGAAUUUAGCACCUAAUGGAUGCUUCAGUCUAAAACUAUCCUUACGACCUGUUAUGGCCACCGGCAGCCCUCAUACGUCUGCUUUUCAACGUUGCGUUCUCCUCUACGAGUUCCUGUUACUAACCUUUAGUGUUUGGUAUCUAACGUUGUUAGUCUUCUGUUUUUUUACCAGCGACGAAGUGAUUACAGCGAGACAGUUCGGAUUAAUAAUCCCGCCUUGUGGCAAGAUUCACGAUAUCGCUGUUUGUCAGCAUUGUCUAUAAUAGUUAGUAAACCUUAAUAGGCCAAAAAGCUGUUGAAGUUGUCUUAAAAAAGGGGCCACAUAUCUAGAACGCAGUGACUUGGGACUACUGUAAUUCUAAAAGCGUUCUUUAUGAGUCAUAAUCACAGGUACUUUGUUUCGAAUUGGUCACGCGGGUUUACUUAAAGAGACAGGCGUGUCCGAACAGGGUCAGGAAUAGACAGAAGGCCACGGUAAAGGAAUUACAUUGGGCAAAAGGGUAAAAUGAAGGCAUGCCUCAACGUAACGUAGCGUAUACACUGCGUACAAUUUGCGGCGAAAUAAUGAUCUGUGAAAUUACAUCAAGCGGGUGAAACUAAAGUUCGUACAUCCGGUUAACCGCCGCUACGACUAUGAUAUAAUAUAAGACGAAUUUGAUCACCUUUUGGCCCUGAGGUGCGUGCCUGGAAGCCGUUGAUCCUAAACUGUUUGAGACAAAAGGAAAAGUUGGGGUGUAGCGCGGCACAUGCUCCUCUCUAUUGACGGGAGCUACUAACGCGAUAUAAGAAUAGAACGAGUUCCAAAAAUAAAGGUCAGAGAAGUAGAUCGAAAUCACACGAAACUUAAACAGGAAGGCGCGCACGCAGAAAAUUCAAUAGCAAUGAACAGACGGAGAAAUAGCCAUCGCCUGACCACUGUAGCAAUGUUGGAUGCUAGUAACAGUAAUGACAUAGAUCACUUGUAGUGCAAUUCCUAUGAUUUUUUGACAUUAUUAUUGUUAUUAUUAUUCGUGGUAACACAAUGACUAACAAACAACUGUAAACAUGCUAUCAUUUGUGUGUUUUACACAAAAAUUGAUUAUUAUUUUGGUUACUAUUAUUAUUAUCUGAUAAAAUGAUGGAAAUAAAGAUUGAUUGACUCAACAAUACGGUGUACGUGUAGAAACAUAUUAGAUUUAGAAAAAAAAAAAACAUAGAUAAAUAGUAUAACAUAACAACGACGAUAUGAUAUUAGCCCUUAAGCUCAACAUCAUCAUCAUCAUUAUAACUAUCAAAACAUAACAAACGUAUGCAGCAGAGAUAUCGACAGCGGUAUAAACAAUAAUCUACUCAUUUGUUUGGGGCACACAAAAGUAGAAGCUAUAUAAUAACAGUAAUUGAUGGUAACGCGAAUAGCGGCACGUAUAGUAACGACAAUGACGAUGGCAGACGAAGUUCUCUCGUAGUUAGAACACGAACGAGUACUAGCUAGUAUUACUGUUCUGUAGUUAUUUGGUAUAAUGUGAUGUAAUUGUCAAAUACGCUUGCUCCCCGCUUGAUCUGUCGUUUCAUAUAUUACCCAUAUCAUUUAUUUAUAAUUAAGCAAUUUUGAAUUGUUAAUGGUUUGACAGAGCGAAGCAAGGCAACACCGAUGGUUUGAAGAUGUCUUUGUUCUAUGGAGGGGACAAGUGAGAAAACCUGAUAAACCGAAGGUGGUAGUAAAUUUAUUAUUGAAAAAUGAACAGGUGUCACAGAAUGAAUCGCGGGCGGAAGUGAAGUUAACAACGCGUAUCUGUUAAAAAAAAACCACAGUGGACGGAAGAUAGGAUGUGUUCCAAGGAAAUUACAAACAGCUUUGAGCAGAAAGACCCUGCUCGCCGCAAUAAGUCUCCCUCUUCUCGGGAUGAUCUUGGCUAGAAGGAACACUAAAGCGGCUAAAUACGUCACUGUUGAUUUUUCCAUUAGUUUCUUGGCACCGUGCAAAAGUCCUUACAGGAACGUAUGUACAGUAACGCAUGAUAUACGAAGAGAGUUCUUGAAUUAAAAAUUAGCUUUGAGUGAAGGCUGCGAAUAGGUCAGUCUGUAAGAAGAAAAACCCAGGCCAAGGGGUAGAGGAUGAAGCAAAAAGACGUACAGGAGUUGUUAAUUUCCUUUUACUGAGGGAAUUUCAUAGAAUUUAGUUUGCUUAGUGAUUACAUAGUCGGCUACGAUUAUCAAGCGUACCUUGUUGACAAGUAAAGAAAAUAUUUUUUUACACUUUUUGUUAUGCCCGUGGCUUUUGUUAUGUUACGUUAUAUAGAAAAUACGUUCCACUACCUGAAAAUGACAUCUUGACGGUGCGCUGUGAUGAACUUACUAGUCGAUAUUAGCUCGCGACGAAGAUGGGCUAAGGACGGGUGGUACGUAGCUCGUAAAGACGUUAGCACGUAAAAUCGAGUACAGGUGCAAAAAACGAGUAGUCCCAAAGACUGUCUGUUGGGACAUUAUUGAGAAAUAAACAAUCAACUAGAAUUCGAAAACGAUUCGAACUUUUCUAAAGCUUCGUGAAAAAACAGUAAUACGGGUGUUUGCUACUACUUAAAGUGUCUUAUUGAUAAUAUGCCCUUUGCAGUGAUGGUGCGUAAUAGUAGCUAUACCGAAUCGUCACCAGCGUCAAGCUUUUUGUUGUGUUUCCCACAAACAACAAUAAACAUUAUUAUUGAAGAGGUAACUGUUGUUAUUCUGGGUGAUCACUUAUCUAUUUACGUACCUCCGGUGAUAACAAAUAGGCCAAAGAGAUUCGAUAUUAUAUAAUCGUUAAUCGUGGUCUACAUAUAUUUUGCGGUUUUUCGUUAUCAGCCAACAAGUCUGAAACAAGACGCGCCGUAUGAUUCACGCAUAUGUCCCUUCGUGUCAAAAACUAAUUAGGAAGUAUUCGAAAGUAGUAACUACUACUAUCGAGCGUAAAAAGUGGCUCAUGUAUAAUCAGUGCAGACAGAAAUUUACCAGAGGGAGUAUCUCUCCCAAUCGACAAAAACAGCAACAAUUAAUAGAAACACCUAACCGCUGCUGCUGCUGCUGCUGCUAGUGUAUGAGGAAUGGUUUAUAUGUUGAUCUAGAGCGAAUGCCGGACUGAACAGGAAGGCCGUCAAAUAGGCAUGAAGGUGCAGGAAGGUUAAAGGCGAGAGAUACCUGAUAAUAAAUUAACGGGUAUUCCUGGGUAAAGUAGCAGCUGUAGCAUAUGUUCAAUCCGGGAUACAGGGGCAGCAAAAGGAAAACGAAGAUAUCAGGAACACGAAACAGCAAACAAGGAGAUUUACAGAUACGUAGCGAAAAGAUGGAAGCAUGACGAAAAGCAGAGCAGGAUAUACUGUCGUUUCAAUAUGUUGUUAAAUUUAUCGAGUAUUAAAAUAAUGAUUGUGUUUCAUGCAUAAUAAAUAAGAAAAAUAAAAAAAAAAA